AUGCGUCUGAAAAAAGAGUGGCAAGCGUGGAUAAAGUUGAUGGAUUCAAGCAAAGGAGUGUCAGGGAUAGGGUUUGACUGUGACACCGGUAUGUUUCAGGCACCUGAGGAGUGGUGGGACAAAAUGGAAUCGAUAAACAAGGUGUGUGCCAAGUUUAGAAAAAAAACCUUGGAACAUCGUGAGUUGAUGGAGACCGUCUUCAUGGGGGCAUCAGCUACUGGGAAGCACCAUUGGACCUCGGGCCAGGAACUUCCUGAAGCUGCUGAUGACUCAUCUGAUUCAGUGCACAGUUUGGGGGCCCAGCCAUUUGCUGAUCCGAUACCCGCAGGAGUACAUGAGGUGGAUUCAGAUUCUUCACUGGAGCAUGUUCCAAUUGAAAAGGGGAAAAAGAGAAAGAUGCCAUCAAGCAGUGUUUCAAAGUCCAAGAAGGCAACAAGUGGAGCGUCAGUUAUUGCGGAAAGCAUGAACACUCUGACAGAUGUGGUGCGUAUGAAGAAUCAGCACAUUACGAUGAGGCACCUCACAGGCAACGAAUCGUUGUUUACUAUUUUGGAGUGCAUGCAUUGCCUGACAGGUAUUACAUCGCUGGUUGGUACGUCGUUAUUCCACUUCGCCACAUCACUUAUGGAUAACGCCGAUUUGCGGGAGGUGAUGAUGUGCCAGCCUGAUGACGACUCGAUCAUAGGGUGGCUUACCUAG